AUGGACACAGCUCAACGAAAUAUCGACUUCCACCGAUUGGUCAGAGAUGCGCCGUUAAUCAAUCACAUCUGCUUUGAUGCGUGCUCCAAGACAGUCAAGAUCAUCUACUCAUCAACAGUGCCUCUUUCUCACACAACUUUGGAUUGCAAGAGAGUGGACACAGAGAAAUCAGAAGACCGAAUCUACUGCAUUCAAGUCCAGUAUCCAGAUUUUCCAUUGAUUCUACAGUUCUUCGGUGACACGUGUCCACUUUUGAAGGGAACCACCGUUGAUUUUGUUGUCACUGCUAGUCAAAAUGCUGAAAUCGAGGAGGUAAUCAGAAAGGCGUUGGAUGUCAAAUUGCGUCACGUCGAAGCCUUCACAGGACUCGUCAAUGGAACUUCAUUCCUUCUGCGUAACAUCGAAGCCGAGAGUUUCACCUACUCGUUCGAUGAGUCUCAGAAGUACGAAUUCCAAACGCUCAACACAGAAUCCAUGUAUCCAUAUCUUCUCAUCAACAUUCGUACUGGAGUCUCCGUGGUGCUUGUCGACGGACCCAACAAGUUCCAAAGACUCGGAGGAAGCUCAAUCGGAGGUGCCAGUUUCCUCGGUCUUUCGGAAUUGAUCACAGGUGUCAACGAUAUUGAAGAGAUGAUGGAUCGUGCUCUCAAAGGAAGUCCAGAGGAGUUCGACAUUUUCAUCAGAGAUAUCUACGGAGAUCGAGCUGCCAACUUCAAUAUGGAUCCUCAUUUGCUCGCUGCAUCAUUCGGUCGUGUCACUCGUGCACAGACUAUUCGUAGAGCCGGAGAAUUUGAUGAUCAGUCGAAGAACAAUGCGAUCCUCAGUCUCCUCAGAAUGGUACUCUACAAUGUCUCUCAGAUCGCUUUCAUGCUCUCCGAGAUGUCAAAUGUCAAACGAGUCUUCUUCAACGGGUUCUUAGUCAGAAAUCGUCCGAUCGUCAUGAAAACGCUCUCAUUCGCUUGUAACUACUGGUCUGGUGGUAAACUGAAGGCAUGCUUCCUUCGUCACGAGAAUUACACCACUGGUUUGGGAGCAUUCCUGGAGGGAUGCCCAAAUGCCGAUAUGUACUGGAAGGAGUACUGUUCGGGAUCCACUGCUCUAGGUCGUUUUGUUCCGGUUGAACCACUGGAGACUGGAUUCAAGACUCAGACGUUCGCAUUGAAGUGUGCUAGAUUAAAAGCUGCUCCGUUCUGCUUGCUUGUUGACAAAGAUGGAAAACCGGACGCCAUUGAUUUCAACACGGAUGAUGAGGCUCGUGAUUUUUGGAUUCAAAUUUUAGACAACACCAUCGCAAAACUCACCGAACUUGCCAUCGCUUCUCAGAGUGGGUGUCCGGAUCAAGAAGAUGUGAUCAGCAGAGCCAAAGAUUUUGAGAGCGAUUUUGUCAAGACCAUGGACACAAUCAAAGAGCAUCAUGUUGCUUACGGUAACUCAAACGCUAGAAAUUUGCUCGAGGUCCGUGAACAAAUUCUGCAGGAGAAAGGAUUCGAUGACAUUUAUGUGCAAAAGAAACACGAGGAGAAUCUUUCUGCAGUUGCAGAGCUUCCAAUUGUGCUCGCUUCGAUUGACAAGCUUAAAGAGGCAGGGGACGAGAAAGCCGUGGUGGAGUAUGUGUCGCGUUGUCUUCUCGCUGGAAACGUCUUCGACUGGGGAGCCAAGGAGGUCGUGAAGUUGAUGAGCAGUGAAAAAGGGCUUAGCUUCCAGUCAGCGAUCAAUCACGUUGAGAAUCGACCGUGGUUGUUCGACGGAUUCGAAUCCUAUUACCAGAAGCACAAGGAGUAUAAAUCCGUGCUCAUUUUCGUUGACAAUUCUGGAUAUGACUAUAUCCUCGGAGUGAUUCCAUUUGCCAGAGAACUUCUUCGAAAUGGUGCCAAGGUUAUCAUCUGUGCCAACACUCUUCCAGCUCUCAAUGAUCUCACGUACAGAGAAAUGAUCGAGUUGGCUCCAGAGCUCAAGAAGGCUGAUGCGGACCUCGCCAAGUUUAUCGAUACUGAGCAGAUAAUGUUUGUGCAGUCGGGACAAGAGUCGCCAUGUCUUGAUGCCAGACGAGUUCACGAGGAUCUCAACACUGUCGUUCAGAAGUACGAGACAGAUUUGGUGAUUAUUGAAGGAAUGGGACGUGCGCUUCACACUAACUUUAAUGUGCAGUUCAAGUGUGACACUCUCAAGGCUGCCGUCAUCAAAACCCAAUGGCUUGCUGACCGUCUUAAAGGGAAGAUGUUCAGUGUGGUAUUUAAACACGAGCAUGGAACAAAGUAG